AUGCUUCAUAGUGUUGGUCUAAGUGAUCCAGCUGCUGCUGCUACGGCUACUGUCGUCUACCCACAUUUUACACCAUUCCCACCGGCUAAUCCAUCCUCCUGUCUAACAAAUUCACUAAGUCCAAAUGAGAAUUCUAGUCAAUUUACAAACAGUAAUGGAAUGUAUCCAUCGACUACAGCUACUGCCGCGGCGGCCGCAGCUGCUGUCGCCGCGUUGACUGCAGCUGCUGCUGCUUCUGCUGGUCUACCGUCGAAUAUUAAAGAUUCUAGAUGGUUAACAUUGGAAGUCUGUCGACAGUAUCAAAGGAAUCAGUGUUCAAGAGAUGAAAAUGAAUGUAAAUUCGCUCAUCCACCUACGCAUGUCGAUGUACAAAGUGGUCGUGUUAUCUGUUGUUAUGAUUCCAUUAAAGGCAAAUGUCAACGUCGUGAUCCACCGUGCAAGUAUUUGCAUCCACCGCAACAUUUACGUGAACAGUUGAUACAAAAUGGAAGAAAUAAUAUGAUUAUGCGAAAUGUACAAUUUCAGUUGUUACAACAGCAAUUAUUAGCUCAGAGUGGUGUUGGACCACUGGCUGCGGCAGCCGCGGCUGCUGCAGCAGCAGGUGGAGCUGGUCCGAAUGGAGUAAAUCCAACCCAGGGAACGCUUACAAAUAAUACUAAUUCACUUCUGUAUACCACACCAGCUGCAUUGGCACUCGGUAGUCAGGCCGCGCCACCUGCCGCCUAUCCACUACUUAAUAUUGGUUUCACACCUUAUUUAAACGCUAUCACCGCAUCAGGAAUGACGAGUUUACAUGGUGUUCCAAAUCUACCAACGCAUAUAUCUACAAGUACACCACGUCAUUUAAUCACUACUGGUAGUACGAUGAAUGGUUUAUCUAACAAAAGAUCUAGUUUGCCAGAGAAUAAAACGGACUUUUCUUCAAUAUACACUCCACACGGUGCUGUGCUAACCCAGAUCAAUGGAAAUAAAUUAGACUCUCAAAAUGAUAGUCAUCAUUCACAUCAUCACCAGCAUCAUCAUCAUUUGAAUGGAUCAACAUUACUCAUAAAUGGUAAUGCUAGCGGUGAAACAUUAAAAGGCAAAGAGCACAACCAGUCAGCUGGAAUACGUGUUAGUCCUGUUGUAUCAAACAGUACAAAUUGUAUUGCAACUGGUGCUACAAACGGUGGUGGUGGUGGUAAUGUCGGUGGAAAUAAUCCUGGAAGUUCUACGAAUGCGAAUAAUAUGUCGGCGGCAACAGCGGCAGCGGCCGCAGCAGCAUUUUUCAGCUUACAACAACAACAGCAACAACAACAACACCAACAACAACAAUCACAACAACAAAAUUCCAUUAGUCUGGGUAUACCGCCGCAUCCAAAUUCUAUUCCACUGACGGCAGCAUCCUUGGCCGCAGCUGCUUCGUUGGCGGCUGCAGCCAAUGGCAUUAUCGGACCUCAUAAUGCUUUGUCAUCUCACUUUCCUGUUGCGCUGCCUGAUCAUGCUGGAUAUUUCCAAACUCCUUAUCAUAUUGAAAUACCAUCGUUUUCAUAUCAAUAA